AGGGAGAUGCGGUGUGCGCGCUUCGCUGAUAAUUCAACAACCAAAGAUCAGAUUUUCUGCAAAUUCUUCAAGCAGCGCCGGGGAUGGAGUGAAAGAGGCUGGUCACACACCAGUGCUCCCACAUGGACAUCCGAGCCUCACACAGUAUUUUAGGUUCUGCAUCGAGGACAGUAUGACUAACUGUGAGCUGAUCGAGCUCAAGGACCUGAGUGUGAACGAUCCCAUUGAGCUGGCCGCUCCAUCUGCACACACAGGCCAGCCUGGCCUUGACCACAUUGUCCGUCUGGUAGGAGACUGUGUCAGCUUCGAGGGACCGGCCCGUCCCCCCCCAGAGGGUGCUGUGGGCCAUGACUUUCAGCCCUAUAGCUACACGCAUCUUACCUGGUGCGACCUGUGUGGAGAAUUUAUCUGGGGUCUCUAUAAGCAGAGCCUGCGCUGUGCUGACUGCAACUACACUUGUCACUACCGAUGCCGACCGUUCAUUCAGCUGGACUGCAGCAAACGUGGAAGUGUGUUAAAGGGGAAUGCUGACUACAGUGAGGACGCCAUUGAGACAGACACAAAUGUGGAUGAGCAGAUUGAACUGGGCAAACAGGAACUAAGUGUCGGGGAGAUUGAGCAGAAGGUGAAGGAAUACAAUACUCAGAUUAUCAACAAUCUCUUCAUGGUGGAUAACAAAGAUGGGAGCUACACUGGUUUUAUAAAGGUCCACUUUCAGUUGCUGCGCCCCAUUUCCCUUCCUCCAUCUCAGAGUCAGAGCAGGACUGAGGAAGACAAUCAGCUGGACAGACCCGCAAAACGGCGGACAUCUUUCUACCUCCCAAAAGAUGCAGCAAAGCACCUUCAUUUGAGCUCAGAAACUCGAGUGCGAGAAGUCAUUGAGGCGUUGCUCAACAAGUUCACUGUGGUGGACAAUCCGGCAAAGUUUGCCUUGUUUGAAAAGGUUGAAAAGCAAAGCCAAGUGUUCCUGCGUAAGCUGUCUGAUGAAGAGCGGCCCCUGUAUUUGCGCUUGUGUGCCGGCCCCAACGAAUCAGCCCUAAGUUUGGUUUUGAAGGAGAAUGAAACUGGGGACGUUAAUUGGGAUGCAUUCAGUUUUCCUGAGCUGAACAACUUUCUGCGAAUCCUGCAGCGCGAGGAAGAUGAGCAUGUGCGGCAGAUUGUGAAGCGCUAUGCUCAUGCUAGAGACAUGAUAAAGCAUGCCAUGGCCCGGGUAACUACCCCUGGUUGAUAAAGAGAGACUGUAAAUUAAGGAGAACUCAAUCACACAAUUAAAAUGUGAUGUAAAAGGGAAGGAGAAAGCUCAGGCGAUGAUAAUGUUUCAGAAUAUAGUAAUCUGAUGCAGGAAUACAUGGGUUUACAUUUUAAUGUGAGAUGUCUUUUAUCACAUAUUGGCACUUUAAUAAAGCUGUGAU